UGAGGAGCUGAGGAGCUGAGGAAACUAAGACACAGAACUAAGCACUGGAAGUGAAACGUAUAAAUGGAACAGAGAGGCAGCUCAGGGGGCAUGCCCAAUGACUCCCCAAGAGGCUGCUAUUUUCCUUGAGGCAAUGGGGUAUCCGGCCAGCACAAAAAUCUACAUAGUCACAGGGACAAUUUUUGGGCAGAAUGGACUGAAUGCGUUGCAGGAGAAGUACCCAAAUGUAUACUCUCAUUCUAACUUGGCAACUGCAGAGGAGCUGAAGCCUUUUAUAAACAGGCACAAACAGCUAGCGGCCCUGGAUUACAUUGUGGCAGUUGAUAGUGAUGUCUUUGCUUACAUUUACUAUGGUAACAUAGCCAAGGCUGUUCGUGGCCAAAGGAUGUUUGAAAGCUUCCGGAAAACCACCAAUCCUGACAAGUACAUGACACUACCUGAUAUUCUGUUUUUUGGGGGUUUAAGCUGCUUUCCCACUUACUUGAUAUCAGUCUUUCACUUCGUCUGAG